GGGGGGAGGAGAUGCUCGGGGGCCAGGGCGCUGGGAGGGAAGGGGUUAAGCAGCAGCAGCAGCAGCCGGAGCGGAGCCGCAGCGGAGCUGGAUGGAGCCCGUUAAGUAACGGCACCGGGGGGCGGCUGCGGGCAGAGCUCAGUGGUAGCAGCAGCCACCGGGCCGGACCCCCCCCGCCCCAGGCCGCUAUGAACGGCGGAACCCCGGUGAGAACGGCGGGGUGGGGCGGGGGCCCGGCGGGGACCGAGCUGCCCUAGGAGCCCGGUUUUAUUCGUCGUCCCCCCCCCCUCCUCCACCAUCCAAACCAUCCUCAGCGCUCCCGGGGGCGGCCCGAACGCACGGAGAGAUCCCGGUGGGGGUGGAGGCUUCUUACCCUGGGAGUGAGAUGAAUGGAACUCGGUCAGACAAAGGGUCUCAGUCAGCACUUCAGGACCUGAGAGGCAUCCAGGGACUUUUCAUUCUUUGUCUGAAAGGGGACGGUGCUGUUUCCAUUAGCGAGAUGCCUGCGAGCGCCGGUGCCGCCGAGCGAGAAGAGCUGCAGCAGCUGAUCGGCUUUCAAAUCACCUUCAAACCCUCCAUCUCCUUAACAUGAUCCCUCCAGCAGCCCAGGCUCCGGGCCACGGCUGGGGGGCUUUGCUGGGGAGGAGAAUAAGCUGGGGACGGCAGUGACGGCCAGCACUGGAGAAACCCCCACCGGGGACUCAAUAUCCAUCCCCAGCCCUCUUGGACUUUUCCAGGGUUGGACAAUAGCUUCGUGCAGCCUCACCUUGCAGCCCUCCUCGUGGUUUUGGGGCACCCAUCUGCUCCUGAGGGGAUAAAACCCUGCUGGGAGCAUCCCUGGGGCCAGGAGAGCAGCUCCCGUGCGGCUCCGGCUGCCGGGGAAGGGAUGAAGAGGUUAUGGCCAAGUUCUUGGUAAAGCUCCAGCGGUAUUUUCGGCGCAGACCCGUGAGGUUCUUCACGCUGCUGGCUCUCUACCUGGCAGCUGGGAGCUUGGUUUUCCUCCACUCGGGCUUCUCUGGGGAACCCACAGUGACAGGCAGCCAGCGCGGGCCUGGGACCGGCGAAGGACCGGGGCUGCCCUACCUGGGGGUGAUGCAGCUGAGCCGCGGCUUCAAGGCGUCGGUGCCGGUGCCGGAGGGGACACGGCGACACGGACCCUGGUUCAAAAGCACCUCCAAGGAACCAGCAGAGAGGGGCAAAGCUGGAGACUACAGCAGCACCCACAGCAGGGCCAGCAGGGGCAGGAGUGGCCGUGAGAAGGAGGAGGACAGAGCAAGGUACAUCGGCUGCUACGUGGACGACACCCGCCAGCGGACGCUGCGCGGCGUCUCCUUCUUCGACUACAAGAAGAUGACGGUCUUCCGUUGCCAGGACAACUGUGCCGAGCGGGGCUACCUCUACGCGGGGCUGGAGUUCGGCGCCGAGUGCUACUGCGGGCACAAGGUGCAGGCGCCCAACGCCAGCGAGACCGAGUGCAACAUGCUCUGCAAGGGCGAGAGGACCAACACCUGUGGGGGGGUCAACCGCCUCUCCAUCUACCGCCUGGAGCUCGCCCAGGAGUCGGCCAGGAGGUAUGGCAGUGCAAUAUUCCGGGGGUGCUUCCGCAGGCCGGACAACGUCUCCAUCGCCCUGCCCGUCAGCCAGCUCAUGCUCAACAUGUCAGUGGACAAGUGUGUGGAUUUCUGCACUGAGAAGGAGUACCCAUUGUCAGCCCUGGCUGGGACCUCCUGCCUCUGUGGUUUCCCCACCACCCUCUUCACCCUGCAUGAGCGUGAGGAUGAGCAGCUCUGUGCCCAGAAAUGCGCUGGUGAGGAGUUCGAGAGCUGUGGCACCGCCGAAUACCUCCUGGUCUACCAGACCCAAGUGCAAGACAACCGCUGCAUGGACAGAAGGUUUCUCCCAACCCGUGCCAAGCAGCUGGUGGCCCUGGCCAGCUUCCCCGGUGCUGGCAACACGUGGGCACGGCACCUGAUCGAGCUGGCCACUGGCUUCUACACUGGCAGCUACUACUUUGAUGGCUCUCUCUACAACAAAGGGUUCAAGGGCGAGCGGGACCACUGGCGCAGCGGGCGGACCAUCUGCAUCAAGACCCACGAGAGCGGCCAGAAGGAGAUCGAAUCCUUCGACUCUGCCAUCCUGCUCAUCCGCAACCCCUACAAGGCUCUGAUGGCCGAGUUCAACCGCAAGUACGGAGGCCACAUCGGCUUCGCCUCCCACGCCCACUGGAAGGGCAAAGAGUGGCCGGAGUUCGUGGCCAACUACGCGCCCUGGUGGGCGACUCACACCUUGGACUGGCUGCGCUACGGCAAGAAGGUGCUGGUGGUUCACUUCGAGGACCUGAAGAGGGACCUCUUUGUCCAGCUGCAGCGCAUGGUGGGGCUGCUGGGCAUCGCUGCCUGCCAGGACAGGCUGCUGUGCGUGGAGGGGCAGAAGGACGGCAACUUCAAGCGGUCGGGGCUGAGGAAGCUGGAGUACGACCCUUACACCCCCGAGAUGAGGAAGAUGAUCAGCGGCUACAUCAGAACCGUGGACACGGCGCUGAAGCUCCGCAACCUCUCGGGGGUGCCAGAUGAUUAUUACCCGAGAUGAUGGUGAGAGG